GUCCCGGCGCGGCGGGAGCGCGCUUAGCGCUUGCGUACGCGACGGCGGUUGGCGGCGCGCGGGCGACGUGAAGCGAGGCGAGUCGAGGCGGUUCGGACCCACGGAGCGACAGACCGAGCGGCCCCUACGGCCGUCGGCGGCCCGGCGGCCCGAGAUGUUGUCUGGGAAGAAGGCUGCAGCCGCAGCGGCGGCGGCUGCAGCGGCGGCAGCCGGGACGGAGGCUGGCCCCGGGACUGCGGGCAGUGCCGAGAACGGCUCUGAGGUGGCCGCGCCGCCCGCGGGCCUGUCGGGCCCAGCCGAGGUCGGGCCGGGGGCGGCCGGGGAGCGCACGCCCCGCAAGAAAGAGCCUCCGCGGGCCUCGCCCCCCGGGGGCCUGGCCGAACCGCCGGGGUCCGCAGGGCCUCAGGCCGGGCCUACCGUCGUGCCUGGGUCUGCGACCCCCAUGGAAACUGGAAUAGCAGAGACUCCGGAGGGGCGUCGGACUAGCAGGCGCAAGCGGGCGAAGGUAGAGUACAGAGAGAUGGAUGAAAGCUUGGCCAACCUCUCAGAAGAUGAGUAUUAUUCAGAAGAAGAGAGAAAUGCUAAAGCAGAGAAGGAAAAGAAGCUUCCCCCACCACCUCCUCAAGCCCCCCCUGAGGAAGAAAACGAAAGUGAGCCUGAAGAACCAUCGGGGCAAGCAGGAGGACUUCAAGACGACAGUUCUGGAGGGUAUGGAGACGGCCAAGCAUCAGGUGUGGAGGGAGCAGCUUUCCAGAGCCGACUUCCUCAUGACCGGAUGACUUCUCAGGAAGCAGCCUGUUUUCCAGAUAUUAUCAGUGGACCACAGCAGACCCAGAAAGUUUUUCUGUUCAUUAGAAACCGCACGUUGCAGUUGUGGUUGGAUAAUCCAAAGAUUCAACUGACAUUUGAGGCUACUCUCCAACAAUUAGAAGCACCUUAUAACAGUGAUACUGUACUUGUCCACCGAGUUCACAGUUAUUUGGAGCGUCAUGGUCUUAUCAACUUUGGCAUCUAUAAAAGGAUAAAACCCCUACCAACUAAAAAGACAGGAAAGGUAAUUAUUAUAGGCUCUGGGGUCUCAGGCUUGGCAGCAGCUCGACAAUUACAAAGUUUUGGAAUGGAUGUCACACUUUUGGAAGCCAGGGAUCGUGUGGGUGGACGAGUUGCUACGUUUCGCAAAGGAAACUAUGUAGCUGAUCUUGGAGCCAUGGUGGUCACAGGUCUUGGAGGGAAUCCUAUGGCUGUUGUCAGCAAACAAGUAAAUAUGGAACUGGCCAAGAUCAAGCAAAAAUGCCCACUUUAUGAAGCAAACGGACAAGCUGUUCCUAAAGAGAAAGAUGAAAUGGUAGAGCAAGAGUUUAACCGGUUGCUAGAAGCUACAUCUUACCUUAGUCAUCAGCUAGACUUCAAUGUCCUCAAUAAUAAGCCUGUGUCCCUUGGCCAGGCAUUGGAAGUUGUCAUUCAGUUGCAAGAAAAGCAUGUCAAAGAUGAACAGAUUGAACAUUGGAAGAAGAUAGUGAAAACUCAGGAAGAAUUGAAAGAACUUCUUAAUAAGAUGGUAAAUUUGAAAGAGAAAAUUAAAGAACUCCAUCAGCAAUACAAAGAAGCAUCUGAAGUAAAGCCACCCAGAGACAUUACUGCCGAGUUCUUAGUGAAAAGCAAACACAGGGAUCUGACCGCCCUAUGCAAGGAAUAUGAUGAAUUAGCUGAAACACAAGGAAAGCUAGAAGAAAAACUUCAGGAACUGGAAGCGAAUCCUCCGAGUGAUGUAUAUCUCUCCUCAAGAGACAGACAAAUACUUGAUUGGCAUUUUGCAAAUCUUGAAUUUGCUAAUGCCACACCUCUCUCAACUCUCUCCCUUAAACACUGGGAUCAGGAUGAUGACUUUGAGUUCACUGGCAGCCACCUGACGGUGAGGAAUGGCUACUCAUGUGUGCCUGUGGCUUUAGCAGAAGGCCUAGACAUUAAACUGAAUACAGCAGUGCGACAGGUUCGCUACACGGCUUCAGGAUGUGAAGUGAUAGCUGUGAAUACCCGCUCCACGAGUCAAACCUUUAUUUAUAAAUGCGAUGCAGUUCUCUGUACCCUUCCCCUGGGUGUGCUGAAGCAGCAGCCACCAGCUGUUCAGUUUGUGCCACCUCUUCCUGAGUGGAAAACAUCUGCAGUCCAAAGGAUGGGAUUUGGCAACCUUAACAAGGUGGUGUUGUGCUUUGACCGGGUGUUCUGGGAUCCAAGUGUCAAUUUGUUUGGGCAUGUUGGCAGUACGACUGCCAGCAGGGGUGAGCUCUUCCUCUUCUGGAAUCUCUAUAAAGCUCCAAUACUGUUGGCACUAGUGGCAGGAGAAGCUGCUGGUAUCAUGGAAAAUAUAAGUGAUGAUGUGAUUGUUGGCCGAUGCCUGGCCAUUCUUAAAGGGAUUUUUGGAAGCAGUGCAGUACCGCAGCCCAAAGAAACUGUGGUGUCUCGUUGGCGUGCUGAUCCUUGGGCCCGGGGCUCUUAUUCCUAUGUUGCUGCAGGAUCAUCUGGAAAUGACUAUGAUUUAAUGGCUCAGCCAAUCACUCCUGGCCCCUCAAUUCCAGGCGCCCCACAGCCGAUUCCACGACUCUUCUUUGCGGGAGAACAUACGAUCCGUAACUACCCAGCCACAGUGCAUGGUGCUCUGCUGAGUGGGCUGCGAGAAGCAGGAAGAAUUGCAGACCAGUUUUUGGGGGCCAUGUAUACACUGCCUCGCCAGGCCACACCAGGUGUUCCUGCACAGCAGUCCCCAAGCAUGUGAGACAGAUACAUUGUAAGGGAAGAGACCCAUGUGCUUGUCUCAAUGCUGUAUAAGCAAGGCUCUUCUAGCAAUACUAGGUCCCACUGAGAACCUCCCACCCUGGCAUCUGGGCUCCUGAUUUGACAAAGGAGCUUGUCUCCUUUGAAUGACCUAGAGCACAAGGAGGAACUUGUCCAUUAGCUUGGAAUUGUGUUCUUCAUAAAGACUGAGGCAAGCAAGUGCUGUGAAGUAACAUCUUAGUCCCUUGGUUUUUUGGUUUUUUUUUUUUUGUUUUUUUUUUAUUUUGAGAAUAAAACUUCAUAUAAAAUUAA